AUGGAGACCCAACACCCACCACCCGACUCCUCGCGGGAUGAUUCAAUCCUCCUUAAGCUUAUCUACUGGCACAAGCUCUUCGAAUCCGACACCCCUCCCCGGUUAGGCAUCGAUGUCGAGAAGCGCAUUCCCUAUGCAACCAUGUCCGCGUUCACGUCGGGCGCGGUACUCGGAUAUUAUCAUGGCAGCAAGAAGGCCGGUCUCCGGUUCCGUGCAGAAAAUGCCCAUCGAUUCCCUACGACAUCUGCCGGGUGGUUCCAGUAUCACAAGACCAAGAACUACAUCUCGGUGGUGGGCGGCGUGAAGGAUGCCAUAAAAAUGGGCUCCAAGCUCGGUGCUGGUGCGCUUGCAUUCUGUCUGUUCGAAGAGACGGUGGAUUAUGCCCGGCAUGAAGAGAGAGACUUCUUGUCAACUGUAACGGCGGGACUGUCAUUCUCCGGAAUAUACAGUUUACUAGCUCGCCACGAUGUUUACACUGCUGCACGCACUGCGAAGCUUGGUUUGAAGUUGAGCCUCGUGUAUGGAUUGUGUCAAGAUGCUUUGGAGUCGAUGAAAGGGAACCGACCUACAUACGUGGAUUUCCUCAUGGGUAACCGUCGGUCCAAAGCUAGUAGCGAAGGAUCCAUCUGA